UCGAUUUUUGUUGUACAUUUAGGCCUACUGUUAACACCAAUAAAUCUGGGACUUCGUGAAACCUGUGUUGUUUUUCCAAUUGGCCUGUUUCCUGUUCCGGAACAAUUGGUGACAGUCGCAGACGAGGAAGAAAGAGAUUUGCAAAAGGAUGUUUCACGCAAAGUCAUUUUAUUAGAUUUUCACUAAAGGAUGAUUUUGUGCUACAUAACGUAUUUUUGAUGUCCAGUGACCGAACAUGAAUUCACUAAGGAGGUGGUUGUACAGGCCAAAGAGGGCAGACCAGUCUUUGUUGGCUCAGUUCUAUUUCGCUGAUGAAGAACUGAAUUCUAUAGCUGCAGAGCUUGACAGUUUUGAGGCUCGCAAAGAUCCAGAAAGAUGCACAACACUUGUGAAUCAACUUCGUACCUGCCAGGCACGAGUUUUGUCUAUAGUGUUCCAGAUGAUGGAGGAGACUGUGAAAGACUUACGAGCCCCUCGAGAUUUUCGGGUCAAAUUUCCAGAUGACAUUAUCCAGGAGAACCUUGCCGGGCAGCUUUGGUUUGGGGCGGAGUGCUUGGCAGCUGGUUCUAGCAUUAUGAACAGAGAAACAGAAAGUGCUGCUAUGCGACCUUUGGCCCGGGCUCUCACGAAAAAUCUUGACAGCUUACGAAACAUUCUCAGAGAACAGUGCCUUCGGAGUGUUCAUGACUAUACUCUUUUGAUCAAGGAGUCUCUGAUUAUCUUUGACAAAUUGUUUGCUGAAUUUGAGCUCAGCUAUGUGAGUGCGAUGGUUCCUGUCAAAACAGCUCAUGAGUAUGACAUGAUUCAAGAGAUCACAGUUCUUUUCUCAGAAACUGUACAAAGAGCUCUUCGCUUGGGCUUGCUCACUCAAGACACAAUAGAUGAAUAUGAUCCAGCAUUAAUGUUCACCAUACCUCGACUUGCUAUUGUCAGUGGGGUCCUGAUCUUCAAAGAUGGGCCACUAAAUCCAGACAAUGAUCCUUGGCACAUUUCUGAGAUGUUCAGACCAUUCCAGACUUUACUCAUCAAAAUUAGGGAACUUCUCAACAUUCUGUCGGAAGAAGAGGUGCGCUCCUUGGAAUCUGCUUUAUGCAGCCAAGCUGAGCCUUCCUUCCUUGCCGGCCUGGAAGAGGAGAAAGCUAGUGCCAGCGCUGCUGCUGAACAUGAAGACAAUGGUCGGAAGUCUGCCCACACAUCGAAAAAGGAUGAGUCUGAAGGUGACGACAACAGUGUUGGUAGUGAAUUAACAGCUCUGGAGAUAGCUGAGCGCCUGGAGGCUUUAGCCUUGAACUUUGAAGCUUCUCGCAUGUUGAACAACAAAACAUCUGCCCAGGGAGGUAGUGAUCGGAGUAGCCAGUCAAGUGCACAGAGACAGUCAACUGCUCCUGAUCCUGAGGGAUCGGAUACUGCCUCCACAUCUUCUUCUUCUUUCUCAGGAGAGGAAUCGGCUACAGAGAAAAUGGAGCAGAAAGGAGCUCCAGUAUCCGAUGUGCAGAAAGCUAAAGAUGUGCAUACAUCUGAUGGUGGUUCUGGGAACUGUGAGGCUGUAAAUGAUGUGAAUACAAAUUACAAUUCUUUGGAAGUGCUCUCCGACCCCACAUCCUCUGUUUCCAUUCCAGGCAGUUCUGCAACUGUUGAUCUGCAGUCUACAGUGAGUAGUGACCCACAGACAAAGGAUUUGCCAUCUUCUCAGUCAGAUAAGGCUGUGCCCAAAAGUGUAGACUGCUCCGUGCCUAAAAGUGUUGAUAAUGAGUCAGAAUGUGCCUUAGCUGCACCACCGAUCACAAGCCACCCUCAGAACAGCAGUAUCCCAGCUGACGUGACUGCAGGGCAAUCUUUGCCGAACCCAUCCGUGGACACACACAGUUCUUCUAGGGACAGAAUAUCUCCAAAAUCGGAAGAUCAACAGUGUAGUGCUGAUCCUCUAGCCUCCACCUCAGCUUCAGAGGAAGGAGGCUCACACCAAGAAGCAUCUGCUGGUCUGAAUUCAGCAGCUCCUACAGAGAGCUCAUCUGCUUUGCCAGCCUCCCCCACUCUGUCUUUCAUUGCACAAGGCAACAGUUCUAUGUCAGGGCUAUCCAGUGGCCUCAGUAAAUGUGACAGCAUUGACUCUGGACUGUACAGUGACCUGCUAAGUCAGUCUGACAGUCACAAUACGAUUUCCUCUUCGGACUCUCAUCUGCCCAGUACUCCGAAUGACUACCACUCAUUUGUUGAUGUGACAAGCGGUGAAGUUAAAUGUGGCAAUAGCCCGAGUGUGGACAGUCAGGAUUUACCAGCACUUAAUGACCAUUGUCAGCUUAAUGUUGAAAAAUCUACGAGUGAUAAUACUGCAGAGAUGUGUAACACACAUCAUUCAUGUGGUACUGAGACCCACAAAGCUUCUUCUCAGUGUGAUAAUUCAGUGGCUGAUGUCAGUAAUUCUACAAUGGUUGACCAUUGUGAAGGAGGUCGUGUCCCUUCUGUGGGUAUAAACAGUUGUGAUUCUGCAGAGAAAGAUCAGGCAAUCGAUGGAGAUGCUAAUUCAGGCUUUUUAAAGACUGAAAGUGCUUAUUGUCUCGAUUCAAAUACUGAUACGAACAAUCAUUGUGAUACCGUCUCAGACUCUUUGCUUAUUCAGAGAAAAGAACUUGCAGAUGUAGCCCCUGCAUCUUCCUCACAGUCUCAUUCUAUGUCGGAAAUUCCCAUUGAAACUGCCACAGUUGAGAACCCUGUGCCUUCAUCGUCCCAGGUGCCUGAGGAAGAGCAGGGCCCUGACUCAUUGUCUGUUCAGGGGGCUGUUGCUUCUAGACCAUGUUCACUGCUGACACAGGAACCAGCAAGUGGGACAAAUGAUGUGAGAGAAAAUACAGAGACAUCUGAGGAGUUGCAAGGACAGCCUCAUUCCUCACAGAGUGCUACACAAACAUGUGAUCAAAUUUUGGGUGAUGUAGAUGGUGGUAGUAAUGACAAAUCCAGCUUAUCUGUGGGUACUGGCAGUGUAAGCAGUCAGCCCCCACUUUCUCAAACAAGACCAUCGAAAGUGAAAAACAAGAAGCACAGUGGACAGGGGGUUCACAAAAGUAGAUUGUCGGUUGGCAAAGCAAAGCAGAAGAAGUCACAGGCUUUGCGGGAUGAGAAACUUGCAAAACGCUCACCCGAUAACGAUUGUGCCAGCAGUGACACAAGUUCUUACACCUCUGACAGUGCUGAUAAGGAAGAAAUUGCUCUUGCAAUGGAGGCCGCUGAGAAAGCUACUCAAUCCAAAGUGCGUGCUCAGUUUCGCAGUAGUAAUGAUAUGAUCCAUCGCCUUUUUGUCUGCAUCUCUGGUGUGGCUGACCAGCUUCAGACAAACUAUGCUGGAGACUUAAGGAACAUCCUGCGGGCAGUUUUUGACAUGAACUGCUCAUAUAAGGCAGAGUUAGGGGAUGAGGAGAGGACAGAAGACGCAACUCCUCUCGGAGCAGCUUAUCGGGCCAUUCGUGCCAGCCGUCGCACUCGUAGCAUUGGCCAACGGCAGGAUCCUCCUUUGUGGUUGCCGGAUGAACAGACCAGUGAGUGCAUGUCAUGCCAAGUGCCCUUCACUUUUGUUCGUAGGCGACAUCACUGUCGUAACUGUGGAAAGAUCUACUGCAGUCGCUGCUCAAGUAAUUUUGUCCCACUGCCUCACUUUGGGGAAGACAGGGCAGUACGUGUUUGCAACAGAUGUUUUAUGUUUCAAGUGACUCACUUCACACCUCGCACUCCAUCAUGACCUGAAGAUACAAGUUUUUGUGUGGAAAAUUUCGCCUGUACCCAUUUAACAUUUGUAUGUGCUCUCACAGUGUCCGUGCGUGCCUGUGUGUUUUGUGUGUGUCUAGGCACGUAUGUGUUUGCUUGUGUGUGUGUGUGUGUGUGUGUG